AUGGAUGAAGCCGCCGCCGCCGCCGCCCCUGAGGCUCCUCCUGUGGCCGCCCCACAGCCUCCGCCUUACCAGCCCCUGCGGCUGCUGCUGGAAGGUGCCGGAGGCAGCGCGGGUGCCGCCGCCAAGGCCUGCCGGCACCACGCCUACAGCCGCAAGCAGAAAUCCCUCGGCCUCCUCUGCUCCAACUUCGUGGCGCUGUACGACCGGGACGACGUGGACACGGUGGGGCUGGACGACGCCGCCAGGAGGCUUGGCGUCGAAAGGCGCCGGAUCUACGACAUCGUCAAUGUGCUAGAGAGCGUUGGGAUUCUUGUGAGGAGGGCCAAGAAUCGAUACACAUGGAUUGGCUUCGAGGGGGUCCCUGCCGCACUCAAGGAACUAAAGGAGAAGGCAUUGGGGGAGAUGUCCGGCUUGGUGUCACCAUUACUGGAGGAACCGUCUGCUGCUAAUGUGUCGGAUGAUGAAGACGAGGAUGAUAGAUUGGGUGAUGCUGAUGGGGAUGCUGACAGUGAGAAGCUUAGCCAAUCACAGUCAAUGGAGCUUAGCCAGUCACAGUCAAUGGAGCUUAGCCAGUCGCAGUCAAUGGAAACUCCUUCUGAUAAGCCUGACACACCCCGCUGCCAGCUUAGAUCUGAUCAUAGGAAGGAGAAGUCGCUUGGCCUGCUCACUCAGAAUUUUGUGAAGCUCUUCCUCACUAUGGAGCUUGAGACCAUCUCACUUGAUGAGGCUGCAAGGCUGCUCCUUGGAGAGAGACACGCUGAGAGCAAUAUGAGAACCAAAGUCCGGCGACUGUAUGACAUUGCCAAUGUGCUAUCUUCUUUGAACCUAAUUGAGAAGACACAUCAAGUGGACUCAAGAAAACCUGCAUUCCGGUGGCUUGGCCAGGCAAAGAGAAAGGAAGGAAACAAUGUCACAGUUGCUUUACAGCCAGCUAGUAAGGUAGUGUCUAGCAAGAGGGCAUUUGGUACUGAUAUCACAAACAUCGACAACAAGAGGGGCAAAUUCGUCUCGGAAACAGAGAACAAAGGCAAGCUCAUGCAGGGUGAUGGUAGCAUGCUGAAAACUUUUGAGAGUCAGCUCAGGCAAGGAAAGAGUAGCGGUUUUGUUUAUGGGCCCUUCCACCCUGCUGGUGCAAGGAAACAUGAAAUUGAUGACCGCACAAGGGAGAAGGAGAGCAAGAACAUUCAAGAUUGGGAGAGCCUUGCGACUUCAUUUCGUCCGCAGUACCAAAAUCAAGCACUGAAUGAUCUUUUUGGUCACUAUGUUGAAGCAUGGAAAUCAUGGUACUUGGAUGUUAACCGGGAAUCGACCUCGUGAAGGGCCAGCUUGGUUUAGGCAGGUCUGUUGUAAACUAAUUCUUGUAGGCAGAUCAGCUCGUCUGCUGAUAACUUUAGGAGUUCGACCUGUACAAGAUGUCAUAAAAACAAAGGCGCAUUUCACCUUUGCUUGAUGUAUGCAAGAAACUGGAGUCUGGUUAGU